GCCACGUGUGGGCAGUGGCCACAGCCCAGGCCAUGGUGGGGUCCAGGGAGGCUUUGGAAGUCCAUGUCCUGUUCUGUUGCUUGUGUGGAGGUCUGGCAAGCCUCAAGUGCUGGGGGCACGUCUGGAUUGAGCCCGCGCCGGUGGUGCAGAUGGGCUCCAACAUCUCCAUCAACUGCCUCUCCACCUUCGGCUGCCCCUGGGCUGAGUUCCACGUCCUCUUCAACACCAGCCUGGCUGAAGGUCCCCUGCAGCCCAUCAACAGCAGCGCUGUGCAGCUGCGGCUGCACGACUACCGGACGCCCUUCGGGAGGGUCUUCUGUGUCGCCCGGUGUCCUGGCAGCCGCAUGCGGCACCUGCUCUGUGGCACCACCAUCCUGGCUGGCUACCCUCCAGACCCCCCCAGCAACCUGAGCUGCACCAUCCCUGAGGGCUCGGAGCACCUGGUGUGCAGGUGGGACACGGGGCGGCCGACUGAGCUCCUCACCAACUACAGCCUCCACCUGCGUGGGGUGGUGGAGGCAGAGGAUGCUGAGGAGAAGGAUGCUGAGGAGGAGAAGGUCUUCACUGCAGGCUCACCAGUGCCACUAAGUGUGUUGCAUGGCAGGUCCCACUACUGGGCAUGGGUGCAGGCCAGCAACGCCUUGGGUGCUGCUCGCUCACCCCCUCAGCACCUUAACUUGCAGCAGCUUGUGGUACCCACUCUGCCCCUGGUCACUGGUGCUGAGACUACAGAGACAUCACCUCCCACCACCACCAUCCACUGGAGAAGGCAGACGCUGCUGGAGAACGUGCACUGUGAGGAGCGACACAGAGCCACAGGCACCUUGGCAUGGCAUGUGGAGGUGUGGGAUGGUGUGGAGCAGCACAGGACCCACUCGUGGCACAGUCUUCAGAGUGAUACCCAGUACGUGUUUCAGGUCAGGUGCCGGCUCAGCGCCCCUGGCAGCCCCUGGAGCUCCUGGAGCAAGCCCUUUCUGUACACCACCCCUGAAGCUGCUCCCACCAAGGCGCCUGACACCUGGCGGCGCCUGGGACCGGCAUUACCAAACGGCAGCCACGAGGUGACAGUCUUGAUCAAGCCCCUGCCACCCCAAGAUGCCCAUGGGAGGAUUCUGGGCUACACUGUGACCACCAAGACCACCAAGGGAUCACUGCUCCUCUGCAACACCUCCAGCACAGCAUGCAGUGUCCUGCUACCACCAGGAGCCCACAUCCUCCAUGUCACUGCUCACAACUCUAAGGGGGCUUCCAGCCCUGCCAUCAUCACCCUUGGCCAGGGCACCAACAGCCAGGAAGAGUUCCCAGAACCGGUGGCUGUGGAGGUUAAGCCUGAGAACCAGAGCAGGAUCUUGGUGACCUGGCAGCAUCCCCACCACAGCAGGAAGUCCCUGCUCUGGUUCAUAGUAGAGUGGAUUUCCACCAGCCACCGCAGCCAAGAGGAGCAAUACUUCUGGAAGAAAGUUCCAUACCAGGAAACACACACCUACAUCCAAGAAGGUACAGCAGCAAGAGACCACAUCAAUGUAUCUGUGUAUGCAGUCUACCCUGAUGGAGUCAGCAAACCAAGCUCUGGCCAAGUCCCUCCAGAGAACCACCUCCGGGGCUCCACCUACAAUGAGAUCUCCUACGAUGAUGACAUCAGUGUUUUCUUGGGACUGGGCAUCAGCAUGGUUGUGUUAUCAUUGUUUUUUGCUGUCCUGAUGUUUAAAAAAUCAGCCAGGAAAAGAAUUAAAGCCGCCGUUGUGCCGCUCUUGCCAAAAUGGCUCGUUGAAGACUUUCCCCACAUGGAACACAGCAAUGCAGUGAAGUCACUCCAGGAAAAGAGUGAUUUCAUGGAUAGCAGUUACCAUGAGCCAUUCCUGGACAUCAGUGACCCCCCAGUUACCGAGGUCGAGGAGGUGCCAGAACACAAGGAGUACAAGACCAUAACAACCAGAAGGAAGCCCAGCAGAGAGGUCCCUAAGGAUGAGGAAUGCCCAAAGAGCACAGCACCAGCCAGCACCACCAUCCCUGAACAGAUCAGCGACUACAAACCUCAGGUGUCUGAUGUCAACCCAGCAGGCUACAUCGCUGCCAACUUUUACCAAGCACAGCCCCAAGCACCCCUCCCAGAACCAGAGAUGAAUGUCUUCUUCAGAGACUACACCAGCACUUUCCCCCACCUGUGGGAUGCAGAGGGAGCAGGCCACAACCUCUGUCUGCUGGAGAAGGUCAACCUUGUCCUAAACAGCAGCCAGAGUGGGCAAAGCCACAUUUUCAGCUCAGCUGUGGUGGGACAUGGCUCCCUCGUGGAGAACCAGUGGGCUCAGACGCUGGCCAUGGAUGGCCAAGAGCAAACACUGGUUCCUGAGGAGCUCCUCUCCUGCCUGAGAGCCAUGAAUGGGGAGUCGGUGACCACCAAGAGCUGCUUUCCCUGAAGCACUGGAAGGUUACUUUGA